AUGGAGCCACUCAGCAAUGGAACUCUGCACUUGGUGGAAGAGACUAGCAACUAUGUGAACACUUGUCGUAUAAAGAAUAAUCCCAUGGACUUGCUUGCAGUACGAAUGCUUAUGCUUGCACUGUACUCUACUGUAUUCAUUGUGGCUGUUUCCGGAAAUUUUCUUGUUGUUUACGUAGUAAUUGGUAGUAAACGGAUGCAGACUGUGACAAAUAUUUUCAUAACGAAUCUGGCCAUAUCCGAUCUAAUGGUAAACUUCACAUCGCUCUGGCUAACCCCAAUGUAUACUUAUGUUGGACACUGGAUAUGGGGAGAUUUAUUAUGUCAUGGACUUCCUCUUUUUCAAGGCACAAGUAUUUUUAUAAGCACCUUAACCUUGAUGGCAAUUGCUAUGGACCGAUAUAUCGUCAUUGUACAUCAUUCUAGUUCAAUGAAUAUAAAUGAUAGGAUGUCAAUGAGGACUUGUAUAUUUAUUGUAACAAUGAUUUGGUUUAUAUCACUUAUGCUUGUCAUGCCAUACGCUUAUCAUAUGAGAUUGACUUUCAUCACUGAACCAUGUAACUUCUGGGUUUGUGGAGAAGACUGGUCCAAGAAGAAUAUCAAAAGUGUAUAUGGUGUGAUAGUCAUGGCUCUGCAAUUUAUUGUCCCAUUUGUCAUAAUUGGGAUCAGCUAUCACAGUAUUUGGUCAUUUUUGAAUGGUAGACGACGACUGACAACGGAAAGAGCCAUAGAAACCAGCAGGGAAGGAUUCGUCAAAGCUAUUCCCUUUUUACGAUUUGGCAAGCCUCGUGGUCGAGUUAGGGUUAAGGCAGAAGAACGACCAGGAGAGUAUAAAUCUAUUGCAACUACCCAUACACCAAUCGAUUGCUCAAAAGAAAGCGAAGAGAAUUCAAAUUACCAAAAAGAUUGCUUACAAAGCCACAAAACAUUUCAUGGUAAAAACAACGACGUAAAGAAUUCGCUGGAAUCACCAGAUACUGAAAAAGUCGACUUGAUACUCACUGAUGAUGCAGAAAUGCAUGACAAUUAUCUUUUAUGA